UGUUGAUCGAGCGAACCGUGGCUUCCGCCUCGGCUGGCAACUUGUCUAGCAGUGCUCGUUGCUUGCGACUACCCUGCCUAGAUGCCGCUGUCGGCGUUCGGGCCGGCAGCUGCAGAGACUAUUGCCGCGGCUGGCGGCUGUUUACCGAUCUCCCGCGCUAACCGUCAUCGUCAAAGAGAAAGAAAGAAGGCAGACCGGGAGAGACAAGAGAGGCGCAAAUGAAGUAAGCGGCGCGUGCUGGCUCCUUCGUCCGACGACGGCUGGUUCAGAUGUCGGAGUGAGCCUGUGCGCUCGCGCAGAUACAUGCGAUAGAGCCAGCGCAGCCACGCAGAGAACGACUCGACAUAACUGUACAACGGAGUAGACCUGCACACACACACGCACACACACGCACGCUCACAUCGCGCGAGAACACAAAGACGCGCUCGAUUCGAGAGAGGACGGCCUGAACAGCCGACCACAAGAGGAACUCAGGAACGGCCGACUAGUAGCAGUAGCUAACGGAGCUGCGGCGGCGGCGGCGGCGGCGGCGGCGAUCGAGUGGCAGAAACACCAGGCGCGAGGUAAAGUGUAUGUCAUGGUGGCUAGGGUCUCAGUGAAACGAGUCAGUGCGCCGAAUGCUGCCGAUCUGAUAGUGUCUGCUUGAUCCGAGGUAAAGACGAGUUGGCAGCGCCCGAGGACCAGUGAUGUUUAGAGUGGGGUGCCGAUUGUCUUCGACGCAGAAUUACGGACUCGGUGAAAGGAAACUGGAAGAGAUUUACGUAAUAAGUGUAUAGUGAUUAAAAACGAGGUUGUAUCGGAUGAAAAUUGUUGGCCCAGUUUGACAACAACUGAGGAUACAGAGUGCAUUAAAACUGCUAAUGAUUAAUUCAUGAAAACCAGUGAGGUUCACUGAAAAAGAAAAGCCGAAGAAUAAACAUGACUAGUCUCAGUGGAGUAAAAAGGCCGUGGUUGGACGAGCCUGUCGUGGCGACGACGCCAAGUGAGCCAGCAUCUGAGGGACCCGAAGAUCUGUCUACGAACUCUGAGCGAAGUUCACUAUCAGUUUCACCAUCUCCAUCCGAAGCAGCUACUGUACCAGAAAUCAACUCGACGCCAUUCGAUCUGUCGACUAAACGCAGCCGACUCUCGUCUAGUUCGAGCGAAGGGGGCUCCCCGACAUUUCGUCUACCCCGAACACCGAUAUCCCCCACGACACCGAUCAUUCCCCCGAUGAUCGCUCCUUUAUUAGACUCGCCCUGUUGGAGUCCCCUCCUCUACCCGAUACCAAUGCAUUUACCGACUCUCUAUUACUCGUCGCUCUGUCUUUCCGCUCAAACGUUCCGGCCUCAGGUAUUAACACACGAUAAACCCCAAGACGCCGUCGUUCCAUCGUGGGAAUCGCGUCUAACCUCACGUUCAGACGAGACAGGAAAGGAGUCCAAAGACUCAAAUCAACAGGACGGCAUCGAGGGAACGAUAAAGUCGACUUCGACGACCACUGGGAGCAAUAACAACAACAAUAAUAAUACGACAACGACUUCGAACGGUACCAACCGCUUUAUCUGCGAAGACUGCCACAAAAGUUACUCGACAUUUGCGGGUCUAAGCAAGCAUAGAGAAUUCCAUUGUAUAAAUUCGGCGGCUGGCCGAAAGGAGUUCUCGUGCAAAUUCUGUCCCAAAUCGUACGUGUCUCUGGGAGCGUUAAAGAUGCACGUCCGAACUCAUACGUUGCCGUGCAAAUGCGAUCUUUGCGGUAAAGCAUUCUCGCGGCCCUGGCUCUUGCAAGGUCACAUUCGGACACAUACGGGUGAGAAGCCCUUCGAGUGUGAGCAUUGUCAUCGAGCGUUUGCUGAUCGCUCGAAUCUGCGUGCACAUCUGCAGACACACCAAGAAGUGAAGAAGUACUCGUGCUCGAAAUGCGCGAAAACCUUCUCGAGAGCGUCGCUCCUGCACAAGCAUCAGGACUCAGGGGCUUGUGCAGGAGUCAGCAAUGCUCGGACAAGUGCGUCCUCGGCACUGGCUUCGAGUCAGCGAAGUUCGUCGAGUUCGCCCGUUAACGACACGAGUUAGUAGUCGCAAUAAUCAAUCAGAGAUAAUAAGGAAUCGUGCUUUCGGGAACAAGCGCUUGAGUGUUCUUCAUAGUUGUUUCAACGGUAGAAUGAUAUGUGUGCUGGUUGAGCGAUGUGGUUCCGCGUUCAAGCGGACAAACAACAACGAUACAAACUGUGCAUCGGAUGCGCAGAACGAGUUAUAGUUGAUCUGUACACUAUAGAUUAAUCAGACCAUCCGAUAAGUUCAUGUUCGAGACAUCGAAAUUAAACAUAUAGUCCAUUUGUAUAGUAAUAAGCCGCGUAACAAAUAGUUCUAAUACCCAGUAACGAAGAUUACAAAAAUCUGACUCUUCGAUCUAGUGAACGCCUCCUGACGAUUUGCUACCUACAAUGACGCCGAUCUUCAUGGAUGCCUACGACAGAAUAAAAUAUAAAAAAGAGUCAAAUGAUGAGUAUUUAUUAAGUUAUUGACAUCCAGUAAACAUAAAACAGCAAAAGGAGGAAAAAAUAAACGCGACAUCAAGAAGGACCCGGUAACGGGAUUAAGCCUAUAUAUAUAUAUAUAUAUAUAUAUAUAUAUAUGUAUCACGUUGCGCCUUAAUGUGUUUAAUGAAUGACCAAAUACGAUGUAUACAAACAAACCGUUGUUUCUAGUCAUAGCAAACAAAAACAAACACGUAUUGAUUAACAGUGAUAAUAAUAAUAAUAAUUAUUAUUAUUAUU